CACACAGACAGGUGCUCUGAUAUACGACCGGCCAAUCACAGCUGAGGAAACCCUGAGUUACAGGUGCAGCUUUAGCCAAUCACAGCAAGUCUCUUGUUGUAUAAAACCACUUGCUUUGCCCUGAUAUUUCCAGUACUUUUCCAGUUUGGGGAUCACUGCACCCACUCCUGCCUGGGACUCCUGGGAUUAUUGUACCAGUCCGACCCAACGAUGUUGUUUUGCCACAGCCAACCAGAACAUUACUGGCCCACUCCGGCCGAGCACUACCAGAACCCUCACAGUACCAUCUACAGGGAACCCAUGCAGCUCCCAUUCCUGAAGCAAGAAGAUCAGCCACUCUUUGUCCCACUGUGUCCAGCCUUCCAGUGCAUCCUCUAUGCACCCAGUUCUCCAGCCAUCAAGCUGUACGAGGAGACCCUCACCUACCUCAACCAGGGUCAGUCCUAUGAGAUCCGCCUGCUGAGUAACUGGAAGGGUAUCGGAGACCUCUCAGAGGGUCGCCGACUGCUGAGGAGUGUGGUCAGAGUGGUCUUCCAUGACCGGCGCUUGCAGUACAGCGAGAGACAGCAGUUGGAGAGCUGGCAGUUGAAUCACCCUGGGGAUCGAAUCUUAGAUCUAGAUGUCCCACUGUCAGUAGGGGUAACAGACCCAUUGGUAAACCCCAAUACUUUGAACACCAUUGAGUUCCUUUGGGACCCAAGCAAAAGGACGUCUGUUUUUAUCCAGGUUAACUGCAUCAGCACUGAGUUCACCCAGAGGAAAAAUGGAGGAGAGAAGGGGGCCCCUUUCCGGGUUCAGGUGGAUACUUAUAAGGGAGAUGCUCAUGGAGGAUUUACAGAACAUCUGUACUCAUGUAGCUGCCAAGUUAAGGUUUUUAAGCCCAAAGGGGCAGAUCGGAAGCAAAAAACUGACCGUGAGAAGGUGGAAAAGCGUUCUGCUCUAGAACGGGAGAAGUACCAGCCAGACAGUGAGACCACCGUCUUGACUGAGUGCAUUCCUUGGCCAGAUAUUGAAGCCCCCCGCAGCCCCCCAAGCACCUUCAGGAUGCCCACCCCAGAGAGGGUCUGUGCAUCUCCUGUGUGUGCCUCAGAUAGUUCCACAGAAUGCUCUGGAGAGCAGAGUCUCAGUCCUUCCUCUUCCAUAUCAGAGACGCAGCAAUGGCUUGUGAGAAAUCGCUUCUCCAACUACUGCCGGACCUUUUCCAAUUUUACAGGAGCGGACCUUUUGAAGUUUUCUCGUAAAGACCUAACUCAGAUCUGCGGAGUGGCUGAUGGGAUUCGCCUGGCUCAUUCGCUCAAUGCAAGGUCUGUGCGCCCACGUCUCACUCUGUACAUCACCACAGAUACGCCAGAGAAGAAAAUCACUGAUGACACAAACCAGACAGUCUAUCAGGAACUGUACCUGGAAGAAAUUACUGCAGCAGAACUGACCACCAAGGUGGCUGACCUCUUCUCUAUCCCAGCCAAUCACAUCCAGCAGAUUUCCAGGACAGGACCCCAUGGGAUUCACAUUCUCUUGAGUGACACAGUAGGUGCCCAUGUGUUAUUGUAUCUAGUAGGCCUGUUGAUAUGCCUGAUGUACAGCACAGAUAUCUCCUUAAUGUAUGGAACUUGGUACAGGACUUCUGUGCUGCUUCCCAUGACCAUCAACUCAAUGUAGAGGCCUCACUCUCACUUGCUUACUGGGUUCCUUCUUCACAGCCAACUUCUCUGUACCCAAGGCAAAAUACUUUGUCACUUUACUCCUCAGGGGACUAUAUUCCAAGUUUGGAGAACUAGAGGAACCCAGAAGGCAGGGGAAGGUUGAACUGUACUGUUGAAUAGGUCAACACACCAAUGUUCUGAGGGAAUUUGCUGUGGGUCCAUGGAAAAUUAUAUUGUUAUACCACUGCACAAUAUCAUGGCAGUGUAGAAUCUGGUACCCGAUGUUACCUUCUCCUGUGGAUUCAUGGUUGGCCAUGGGGUCCAUUGGCUGAGAGUGGACCUUAAAUAGUAGGUUUUCAUUGUAUUCUACAGUUGGCUUCUCAUUGUUUGAUGAUCACCCCUUUGCUCUUCCCCAGAUGGUAAGACAUAUGCCGGAUGAGUCCUGCUUUUUGGCUUCCUUACAAAAACGUAAGUACUAGGGGUUCUUUGAAUUAGCCAUGAGUCAAUAGAGCUUACAAUCUAAUUUCCUCCCAUCCUGCUCCCCUUGCAGUGCAGAACUCCGACAGCUUUCACUGCAUCCUGCGAUGAGCUCCAUUCUCUGCACCCUGUGCCUCACCCCUUGCAUAUGGCCGGUCCGACAUGAAUGAAGAUGGAGCAGCAUCAGGAGAAGCAGCAUCAGGAAAAGCAGCAUCAGGAGAAGCAGCAACAGGUGGAGCAGCAACAAGUGGAGCAACAACCGGUGGAUCAGCAACAAAUGGCGCAGCAACUAAUGGAUCGUUCCUUAGAAACUCCUUGUCCUUGUAUCCCUCUGGAACCGUAGCCUUUGUAACCUGCCCAAAUCAGUAGCAUAUCUGCUGUGUACAUUUAUAUAUAUAUAUAUUUAAAGUAAAUUAACAUUUCUUACUCUAACUGAAGCCUAAUUUGAAUUGCGUUUCUCUGGGAUUUUUUUUCAGUGUAUUUAUCAGUACGGUUGAAAGUUACAGUUCACCAUUGAAUAAAUCUGCCCCAUGGUGUAUUCUCUGCGGCCAUUAAAGCAAAGGAAAGACAAGUGCAUUUUGAUGGCAGCACCAUCUUGUGGCCACAACAAUGCUGGAAUUCUGGGAAAAAACACUGCAUUAUGGGGGGGGAACAUGGCUGGAAAUGGCAUUUUGGAUAGUUGUAACAUUUCUCCACCUUUAACAAGUAAUGGGAACUACCCAAGGAGCCCUGACUCAUUUAUCAUUGGCCACAAAUGCUCCACAUUUCAGGUGACAGUUGCGGGCUGGACUUUCUGCCAAGCACCGAGUAAUUGAAAUACUGAGCAUUGAUGGAAAAGGCCUUUGAUUUCUGCCCUUAACCCUUUGGAACCCUGCUGCAUUUUAUACUUGCAUUCCAAAGCUUUGACCAUUAACCUGCUUAUUGCUGUUUCCUUGACCCUU